CAUAGGAGGAAGACAGAAUAGACUCAUUCAUUCCUGGGACUUUUGUGAGUAGGUGUGCAUUUUUCACAUCUUAAAGAUUUGCAGACACUGCACUGGACAAACGUCCCAAUCCUGAAGACUUUUCCAGGCUCCAAAUUGCUGAAUCUUCCCUGCUACCUAGAGAGGUUCCAAAUUACCUCUGGACAAUGGGACACUGGGUGGUUAACCACUGGUUUUCAGUUUUGUUUCUGGCUGUUUGGCUGGGGUUGAAUGUUUUCCUGUUUGUGGAUGCCUUCCUGAAGUAUGAGAAGGCUGACAAGUACUACUACACAAGAGCAAUCCUUGGGUCAGCAUUGGCCUGGGCCCGAGCCUCUGCUCUCUGCUUGAAUUUUAACAGUAUGCUGAUCCUGCUUCCCGUGUGUCGUAACCUGCUGUCUUUCUUGAGGGGCACCUGCUCAUUUUGCAGCCGCACACUGAGAAAGCAAUUGGAUCACAACCUCACUUUCCACAAGCUGGUGGCAUAUAUGAUCUGCCUACACACAGCUAUUCACAUCAUUGCACACCUAUUUAACUUUGACCGCUACAGCAGAAGUCGACAGGCCACAGAUGGAUCCCUUGCUUCCAUUCUCUCCAGCCUAUCUCAUCAUGAGAAAGAGGAGGGGUCUUGGCUAAAUCCCAUCCAGUCCCCAAACAUGACAGUGGAGUAUGUGACAUUCACCAGCAUUGCUGGUCUCACUGGAGUAAUCAUGACAAUAACCUUGAUUCUCAUGGUAACUUCAGCUACUGAGUCUAUCCGAAGGAGUUAUUUUGAGGUCUUCUGGUAUACUCACCACUUUUUUAUCUUCUAUAUUCUCGGCUUAUUGAUUCACGGCAUUGGUGGAAUUGUCCGGGGUCAAACAGAGGAGAGCAUUGAUGAGAGUCAUCCUCACAAGUGUGCGGAGUCCUUUGAAAAGUGGGAUGAUGGUGACUCCCACUGCAAACGCCCCCAGUUUGCAGGGCACUCCCCAGAGUCUUGGAAGUGGAUCCUUGCACCAGUCAUUCUUUAUAUCUUUGAAAGGAUCCUCCGGUUUUAUCGUUCCCAGCAGAAGAUUGUGAUUACCAAGGUGGUCAUGCACCCAUCCAAAGUUUUGGAAUUGCAGAUGAACAAGCGCGGCUUCAGCAUGGAAGUGGGACAAUAUAUCUUUGUGAAUUGUCCCUUGAUCUCACUUCUGGAGUGGCAUCCCUUUACUUUGACCUCUGCUCCAGAGGAAGAUUUCUUCUCUGUUCAUAUCCGAGCAGCAGGGGACUGGACAGAAAAUCUCAUAAAAGUUUUUGAACAACAGUAUUCACCAAUUCCCAGGAUUGAGGUGGAUGGUCCCUUUGGCACAGUCAGUGAGGAUGUUUUUCAGUAUGAAGUGGCUAUGCUGGUUGGAGCAGGAAUUGGGGUCACCCCUUUUGCUUCUAUCUUGAAAUCUAUUUGGUACAAAUUCCAGCGUGCAGACCAGAACCUCAAAACACAAAAGAUCUAUUUCUACUGGAUCUGCAGGGAGACAGGUGCCUUCUCUUGGUUCAAUGAUCUAUUGACUUCCCUGGAACAGGAAAUGGAGGAAUUAGGCAAUGUGGGUUUUCUAAACUACCGUCUCUUCCUCACUGAAUGGGACAACAACAUUGUUGGUCAUGCAGCAUUAAAUUUUGACAAAGCCACUGACAUCCUGACAGGCCUGAAACAGAAAACUUGCUUUGGGAGACCAAUGUGGGACAAUGAAUUUUCUACAAUAGCUACCUCCCAUCCCAAGUCUGUGGUGGGGGUUUUCUUAUGUGGCCCUCGGACUUUGGCAAAGAGCCUACGCAAAUGUUGUCACCGAUACUCCAGUCUGGAUCCAAGGAAGGUUCAGUUCUACUUCAACAAAGAAAAUUUCUGAGUUUUAGUCAUCUGCGUUUUGUCUCUCCUUUGUGUCUACAAUAACUUUACUGGUCUGGUCAGAUUUGGGCAGUCACUUUAGGGUAAUAAUGUAUCUCUCAAGCAUUGACUCUUUUGAUUGCAUUCAACUUCAUUACUUGAGCUUUACCAACAUAAGAACUUGGGAAGCUACAGUAAUUGUAAAACCAAUGCAUGGAUCUUUUCUUGGGAAAAUUACUGUAAAUCCUCUGGAAAGCCAUGGCUGCAGCAAGGCUUGAGAGCAGAGCUUUGGUUACACAAUUAAACCCCAGGUGAUUUUGUUGAUUCUAAGUGCUACCAUCUCCUGUACUUUGGUUCAUAAUCUCCCCUCCCACCCUCACAGAAGAUUUCUGAGUAGGGUGACUUUUUAAAUAAAAAUUUAUUGAAUAAUUAAUGACAAAACAUAAUAAACAUAAAUAAUAAACAAUGAACAUAAAAUUACCAAGAACCCCAUCCCCAUAUAACAUUGACUAUGUACAUUUUUAACUGUUACUUUACAUAUGAUUUUAUCCAGUGUGAACAGCAAUUUAUUUUUUACUUAUUUUUGCUUGUCAAAAAAGUGAAGGAUUUUCUUCUUUACUUAAUGAAUGAGACUUAUGUUACUUCUUAUGAACUCUCCAUCUGAGAAAUAAAAUCUUGAAAGUAUGCUCAUUGUAACUGAAAUUCGCAAGUCAGCUAUAUUGUCAUCUUGUAUUGUUCUGUUAAAAUUGUGAAAACUUGGGGGCAACCCCUUCAGGUCCCCUCCUGCUGUGGGAGCUUUUCUGUCCUCAAUAAAUCAUGCUUUCUCAACAACAAAAAAAAAACAAAACAAACAGGUGGAAACUUGAACUCCAUCUUAGAUGACUUAGUCAACAGGGUUCAUUACCACCAUUUUAAUUAAGGGGAUUUAUUAAUGUCUAGUUUAAAAAAUAACUUACAAUUUUAAUAACUUUUUGGGUUCCUACCUACCCAUUCACUAAGGAAGCAUUCACCUAAUGACAUAAACAAAAUGCCUUCUCUUUCUCUAUUUUUUAUUUUUCCUAUCUAUCCAAACUUAGACUACAAGGACUCUUGGAUGUUAACAGUCACAGUGAAUUUCAAAGAAGCCCCAGGUUCUUAAAAGAGAGAAAAACUUCACACUUCAUUGUGCCAAGACAAUUCAGCUCAUUACAGAUUUAUAGGAAUGUUUCUAAUUAAUUGGCAUUAUAGCACCUAUUUUUCUACCAUUAAGUGACCAGGAAUGAACAAAUGGCUGUUUCUAAUUACUUAGGAAUUUCUAUGGCUUGAAGGAUUAGUAAGAUCGAUUUAGUCUCUAGUCUGAGCACAAUAGCAGUAGGUCAUGAAGUAGAUAAUUAUUACACCAGUAAAAAAACAACACUGAUGGGUGUUUUCAUAGAGAGAUACCACUGCUGUUGCCUAUUUGUUCACCUGGAUUUCAGCUACUAAUUUAGUUUUAAUAAGGCUUUGGGAAAAUGCACAAUGGAACCUUGCAGACAUGUUUCCUAUUAGACAACUGCUGACCCAAUGACAACUUCUUCUUCAAUGACCUUGAUUUGCAAUCUUACUGUUCCUUGAAGUCUAUGAGUUCUUAAUGAGAAAGGUGUCACUCUUGGUCUCAAUGUCUAAACAUACUUCUAGAUAUGAUCGCUGCCAAAAUCAACACCAUCAAGACCCAGAUAUUCACAAAAGUAGGCAGAAAAGGUAAUGAAAAUAAUAAACUAAGUAUAAUCAACAUCCAAGUUGAACUGGGAAUGAGCAGGAUACCCAGAAAGCUCCUCAGCUGUUUUGAGCAUUUUUCUUACUGUAUAGUAAUAUGAAAUACCUUAUCCUGCACAUGUUUGUUAUAUAUCAAAGUAGAAAAUCCCUCAGUUUCAAUCUCUCAUAAACUUGACUAUCUUUGCAUUCUUUUGCUUGAUAUGUAAGCAAUAUGCUAUUACAUUCUCUAAGCCUAUAGCCAGGCUUUUAAUUCACCUGACCAUAAUCCUAAUCCAGGGGGUAGGAUUCUGAGAAUAUAAAUAGGCUCAAAAGUAGUUCCAGUAGAACUUUUACUAAUUAUUAAGGCAACUCUUAAUCUUUUGAGGUUGGCCUGACGGAGAGAACCCAUGUUCCUCCUUAAUGCCACGAGAGAGAGAAUUCUAGGCAGAAGACCCAUAGGUUAGAGCUAAUGGCACUAAUUAUGUUCCUAACUAUCCACAGGGAAGCAGGCAGGAGCAGACCUAAUGGGCAGUUUGACUGCUUGUGCUCUACAUUUGGUCUUCUUAAAAUAACUCAGAAGAAUGUAAAAGUUUUAGGGUUUCCUGUGUUUUAAGUUCCCAGAAUAAACUUGGUUAUAAGGUAGGGCUGCAGGUUGGGAAUUUCCUGGAAGAUACAAUGAAAUGUAUUUUGUUCAUUUUAUUUGUUGUUUUUAUCCUGACCAUAUGAAAAACUAGUGGCUUUUUACAUUUUUAAAGUUGAUUACCUACACUGUUAAGUUUUAAAACAGACAAGUAAAUGUCAACAGUCUCUUGUGUUGUCGACAUGCACUCAAACCAGCACUAACACAAUCUUUGUCUUAACUCUGAACUAUGCACGUUUGAUA